UUGAGAGACAAGGUGUCAACCAAUCACAGUCAAGUAUUUAGCACAAGUUAUAUCAUGCACCAGAGGAGUGAUCAACCUCGUUCCCAGGUCCUCUCUCGUCCUCCCUCGAGAAAGAAAUGAAGUCACCGUGAGUCAUGAUGUGUCAUGUGAUUUUAUUCUUGCCUCCUCUGAUCACGACAAAGGAGCAUGAAUACAAAACGUUGCUUAACAUUUACCUGAGCUUUUGACUGCCUGGCUGCAUGCAUUUUUCAAAGAUUACAUUAAUAUCCGUCGAAAAUUUGACAGUUUUGGGUCCUUGUGUCGGAACCUCGCCGGAAAGUUAAAUCGUUUCAACCAGACAAUGUUUAUUUUUUUCUGCUUUUUUAUAUUGUAAUGAGAACUUGCUAUUUAUCUCUUUUCGAAAUCGGAACGGAAAUGCCAGUUCUGACAUCCUUGACGGAGUUAAUCUUCUAUAUAUUUUUAUUGUCGCUUUUUUAUCAUGGAAAAUAACUGUAUACAAUGAAAAUACAGUUUAUUACUCAAGCAACAUUUUGGAUACGAAAAACGAAAGGGGCGAUUUUUUUUUUUUACCUGUGACCAGAUUGGCCAAACAACAGUCGGCCCAGGAACACCAGUUAGCUUAAAUCUUAAUAAUAAUAGAAUAAGAAAGCCUGCUACGAGUGAAAAUUACUUUUUGAAUUGAUUGCUUUAAUUGCGGCAUGACACCUGACAAAUUUCACAUGGCAUGGAUCUUAGCCAAUAGCGUCACGUACAUCAAAGCAGAACUUAUAAAAUGUUAAUUGCUAUAGAUGUUUAGAAAACAGUCAGACGCAUAAUUUGACAUUAAUUCAUCUGUUGGUUUGAAACCCCCAAAAAAGUGUUUACUUGAGGCGCAGCUGGAAAAAAGUUGAAAACCUUUUAAUUAAGAGCUUCUAAGGGUAGUGUGAUUUUGAGACGAACGAGAGCAAACAGCAACGCAAUUCCGUGCGCCCUAAAAGAUGAACACAAGCGUUAAGAAAGAAACACUUUCACCUAAUUACACUGGCGAUUCGUCGCUUCGUAGCUGGGCCGAACCUUCGCCAAACUGGCUAGAAGCCAUCAAAGAAUGGAACUGGCUGUGGGAAGUUCACAUCUAUGGUUUCGGAACCAUCUUUGUCCUAAUCGCAUUGUUCGCACUGUUUUACCUCAUCUACUCCCGCAAAACCACCUUUUCCAAGCAUAGAGUUCAUUUAGCUGUAAUGAACAUCGCUUUGCUUACCGCAGGAUUUUUUCGAGCUCUGAUCCUUUUCUGGGACCCUUAUGCCUCCAGUAACGACACCACAGAUUUACAGCUUCUCGUCUGCAUUAUUUCUUGGGGAACAUCCACAGCUUGCAUCACAUCAAGCUUCAGUAUCAUGCUUCUGAUUUUCUUGGAAACUACCAAGAUCUCACUGGGCCCUGCCCGCCUCAAAAACUUACCGUGCUUGAUGUCAAUAACUCUAGCAAAUAUCUUCUACUUAAUAAUGUCUGAUUUAGUGGUGUGGUUCCAUCCUCAAGCAAAAGUAAUGAUCUUCAUUUGUCACGUUUCAUUCGCGAUUUGGGGGUUAACAGUUUCAAUUGGAUAUUCAGUUGCUGGAAUUAGGAUGUGGCGUAAUUUGAAAUCCUCGCUUGGUGAAAUGUUCUUCAACCGAGCGUUAGACCGGGACGCCACACGACUCAAGAGGUUAUUUGUUCUGAUGUGUUCAGCAUCUUGGUUUGGAGUGAUCAAGUUUUCCCUGUCGCUGUACACGGCUAUCGGAGAAUACGGCGUUUUCGCUGACAUUGGUUACGUCAAAAGCUGGCCCUGGUUUGCGAUGCAGUCUUCAUUGAGAACUCUAGAAUCACUAAUGUGCGCGUUUAUCUUCUUCAUCGGUUUGAAUAAUCGAAAAAGCAGUAAUAACACUGCUCCGGACAUUUGUUUGGCUAAACAAGUGGCAAGAGUUCAAUAGGCAGCUGAGCCAAGUCACAGAAGAAGUGUUUUUCAGAAACUGAUGUGCUGCAUUGGCAAAGCAACCGGGCAAAAAAGAUCGCGAAACACCGUAAAUUAUGGACAAGGUUUGGCAGCUACAAAUAAAAAAGCUCAGUUAUGGCGAUGCCUAAUUUUAAAUUCCAUAGGCUAAACGGGUCACAGGUUUUUCAGCUGUUGUCACACAUUGGAUCAUUUUUGAGACCUCCAGAGACGGGGGGAAAGAGUGAUUAAGCCGGCCUAUACUUGACGUAAGCAUGUCCUUCUGCCUCACUGUAUAUUUUAAAAAGUUACUUUAGUGGUUUCAUUGGUGCCUGGAACUCCAUGCACAAAAUAAAAAGAAGAUAAUUGCAACUACCAAGAGUGGAAGUAAAAAU